UUACUUGGGCUAUUCCUGAAAUAUACAGGAAAACUCUUCAAUGAUGUCAGAAUAAAAAUCUUAUUCUCAGCAGACAAAUUUACAUUACAGUACAUAACGAAUUGGCUCUAUUCUCAUCCUGACGUGAGUUUAACCAGCACUGCUCAAGAAACAUUGUGAGUUUAUUAUUAGUUGAAACGAAAAUAAAUGUCGAUAUCCUUUUGAUUUCUUCGUCCUGCUUCUAAUUAAUUUUUUCCUAAACUCAGAAACCAUGAAAAAGAAUGUAAAAAUUAGUUGAAUUGCGUGUUUUUUCUUAGUACUGUACAGUACUUCCAUUUGACACCAAAAAGAUUACGUAUUGAAGUGCGCGGGAAAUAUUUCUGCCCAGAAAUGAGACAUGGUUUUUUUUCUGAUACCUCUUUAUCAAAAUACUCAAUAUAAUAAUUCGCACGCUGACGUUCAACUUUAUUUUUGCUGGGUUCAUUUUGGCAGCCUGCCUUUUCCAAGGCAUGAAUUAAUUUCUCUUUCAAUUUUAUUUCAUCCCUCAAUUUCAUCGGACAUCGUUUCAAAUUUUCUACGUUUUGGCAAUCUACCUAAAGAAUCAUACACUGUUUUCGAUUUUCAGGUGUGAUCGCAAUGGUUACAGAUCAGAUCCUUGGAAAGCCGUCGAUGUCACGGGGUCAAAAAUUACAACGACCUCGCCAAGCUCUUUUAUUUUAUCAUUUCCAAAUUCAGGAAAUGAAUGGCACUUUGCCGUAGACAGUCCAGAGAAGACUGAUGAAUGGGUUUCCUUGCUGCGACGUGCCUCCCAGAUCUGCGAUGCUCCUGAAAAUUUGAUGGAAUUCUGAACAGUUUCUUUCACUUUUCACUGAUUUUAAGUUCAUUCGGCAAUCAACGAUUCUCAUAUGAACUAAGGGGAUUUGUAUUGGAGCUUUGGCGUUGAACCUUUUAUGCUCUCGCGGGUAAUUAUUGCUCUUAACACGGUGACUGCGGUGCGCAGCAAGGUUACCCUAUUGCACAAGUAAGAUAUUGUUUUGAUCAUUUUUAUUAUAUCUCUAUGCAGAUGUCGCUCUUCCACAUCCGGUUGAGGCUAAUGUUCACUGUACAGUAUACACUGUAUACGAAUCGAUUGUUUGCUCCAGCAGUUUAUUUGCUGAGUAGGGUCUCGCAUGGAAAGUCUGCCUGAAAUAUCUUCAUGAGCUGUUGGCAUAGCUGAAUCAUUACGAGCGCAUUUUUUUGCAGAACUAUUCAAUUCCAAUGUUUCGUUUAUAUAGAGUAUUACCGUAAAUGCUUGUCGUAUACGUAUCGGUCAUUAUAUAUUCAAAUGUGCUGUCUCAUCGACGAGUCUUCUCGAGAUCAAUUCAUUUUAUUAUAUUUUCUUGAACACAUGUGUGUCAAAUUAGGCGAAAUGUUGAAUUAUGUCCUUUGCCGUUCAGGCAGUAUAAUGUCCAUCGUCUGCAGUCGAUUCUUUUAACGUGAAUCUCAAAGCGUAUAGGAAAUGAUCAACAGGAUUUUUUUGGCAUUCAUUGAUGGUUUUGCUCGUGUGAUGAAUCAAAAUUCCGGUUGGAAUUUUGUAGCAUCGAAGUGUGAAACAGUUCUGUGACAUUUUUUUUUCAAUCGGUCCGUGCAUGUGUAUAUUUUCGUGGGCCAAUUUGCCGCAUGGGACUGCUGAACCCUCUGAUUGUAAUUGGCUGUGAUUCCCUGGUUUUUGCGCUGUUCGGGAAGUUUGAAGCUUUUUUGAGGAGCUCGUGGGCAAAUAAAGAGUUAAUCUACGAAUA